AUGAAUUCGACUCGUAUUGCCGUCUGUGGCUUCGGCUCCCGCAGCCGCCUCUUCCAGAAUAUAUACAUCGCAGAGCAGCUCAGUCUUCUCUGGAGAGGGCUGCCUGUCGAUAGAACACCUCGAACUCAUGAUUUUUUUGAGAUGCAAACCCCCUCCGAAGGCCCCGGUACCGCUUUUCAGUAUGGCUGCGAUGCAGCACUCAAUACUGGAAUCGAACAUUCGACUAAGACGAUAAAUAAAGAAGGCUUGGCAGAAGAACAAUGCAAGAUCAUUGAUGAUUUAACCGACACGGCGGCUCAUUACGCCAGAAUAAUCAUGGCUGACCCGAAAAAGACGAUGUCUGACCUCCUGAGAAAUAACAUUUCGACGGCGAUAUUGUUUAAUAAUGCUACCAAGAGCGGAGAACUCAAUCUUGAUAUCCCAUGUGGCCCUCGGGGAAUAUCAGGCCAUGCUAUGGAAGCUAUGACGCAGGAUGCAUUGAGACUCGCGAAGGAACAUUUGCCGUGGCUGUCGAUCAAUAUUAGAUACGGGGUUGUUGUAUCUGAUGUGGAUCUUUCGGAUCCGACUCAUCCUGUCUUGGCUAUCGAGAAUGUUAAGACAGGAGAAACAGAAACUGGUCUUGUCUAUGAUCUUGUUAUUAAGUGCUCUAGAACUACAUUUGAAGUCCCAAUUACCGGUGAAAUAGAAGAAAACGGUUUCUCCGGAAUCCCCAAUUCGGCUCAAGUUGCGGAGUAUUUUGAAAAUCAAAAGAUGCUCGACAAUGAAGGGUAUAUAAUACCUGGAAAGUCUAUAUUUAUCGGCGGUGUUGGGCUUUCUGCUUUCGAUUUUGUGGGCAUAAUCUUAGCCAAAACAAAGAUAGUCAAAUUUGACCCCGACACCAAGAAGUUCACCAUCGAUGAGGCGGAAGCCAAAAGAAAUCGAAACCUGGUAACUUUUUUCAGUCGCACCGAAGGAAUUUUCGCAGCUUGUCGUCAUGUCGAUGAUGCUGUCAAAUAUCUUGAUUCGGAGCUCAUUACGCCAGAGAUGAUCCUAUCCUUGACAUUACAAAAUGAUUUGGACACCUACCCUACAUUCUUCGAGUUGGCGCGUAUUCUGGCGGCUGCUUCUUGCUCCAGCCGCAGAAUGCCUUCUCAAAUAGAAGAGAGCAUGUCUACUAUUGAGCACAUGGAUCGCAUGGCUACAGAAAAUGAAGCUCUGGAUAAAAACUCCGAAAUACUCACCGAAACCGGGUUAUUCCGAAAGUGGAUAUGGUCAUUUAUAUUCACACAUACAAUGGGCCCACAGCCCCUUCAACAGCGAGCCGCACUUGUGGAGAAAUACAGUCAUAUAGUCCGCCACGGGUGGCAUAAUUGGAGGAGUAUGUCGUAUGAUAUUUCUCACAAACCCCAAAGCGAGGCCAACGAUGCUGCAUAUCUACGACAUUGUCACUAUCGCCGGAUUGCACUGAACUAUAUUGCUGGCGCUCCGUUUGAGAUUCAUCUUCUUAUUACUCGAUUAUAUAAGUUGGGUGUUAUUUCUUGGAUGCAAGGUGCCUACGAGGAUUUGACUUGGCCAAAGGAAGCCAGAAUGUUCAACUUAAAAGGUCAGCAAGCAGAUGGUCUGAUCGCUCCUCGCAGGCUGACUGCGAAAAAUGAUAAAUUGGGUAGUAGGAUUCUUGAACAGGCCCACACACCGGCCGGGGAGCCCGUUUGGCACAAAGGCCGUCUCUUGAAGAAUAAAGUUGGAGAAUAUCUCCAUGUAUUCGAACUUGGUUUCACCGGACACGGAAAGCAGUGGUUCGACACCAAUGCCAAUGAAGGAGCAUACCAACUCAUGCCCGUUGUUACAAAUAUGGCUAUUAUCAUCGAAUCUCUGAUAUCUAAAGGUGUCGAGAAGCCGCUAAAUGAACUUAUGGAGCUGCACAAUGCUGUUCUCCCCAAAGACGAAGAGUUUGAUGCCCAAGCUAAGCAAUUGGAAGAACCGCACCGUAACUUAACACAUCUCAUCCUCUACGCUCGUCUAGUAGAAAAAGUUUACGGCGAGCGAUUCGCGGAAAAGAUGCAACAGGGGAAUACUUUCGAAUCUCGUGAAAGGGUUAUUGCAUUGAUGGCAGAUAUUCCAAAACCAAAGGUUCAGCAGGCAUUAGCAGAGUUUGAGAGAGAUUGGAGGAAUUAUAGAUACGACCCUAUUGGUGCUCAGAAAUUUGAGAAAAUGACGCCGGAUUUUUCACCAGAGCAUAUACAGGCGAUUAAGAAGCUUUGGGCUGGGAUGACAUCGAGGAAGCCAUCUGAUUCAUAUGUUUGGACGAAGACGGUGGCUCAGAUUGACGUUAACGUUAGUGAAGUUGCGGAAAUCGAGCUUGACGCCUUCCAGACACCUAGAUUGAAUGGAGGUAUUGAUUUAGCUGGGUAUGGGUUAGAACAUGUGGCUUCAUACAACCAAGACCUCGGGCAGAAAGUCUCGCCCCUUGUUUCCUGA